AUCCCGGAAGUUGGACCGCGGGCUCUUCACAGUCAACCUCCGGCCAGGGUUCGCCGUGUGCUUCGCUCCCUCGUCCCGCAGUCACCAGCUCCCGGGGCCGCUGCUCUAAGUCCGCAGGUCUCCGCCGGCGACAGACCCAUGGCCGAGCGCGGAGAACUCGACCUGACUGGCGCCAAACAGAACACCGGAGUGUGGCUGGUCAAGGUUCCUAAAUAUUUGUCGCAGCAAUGGGCUAAAGCCCCUGGAAGAGGUGAAGUCGGGAAGCUGAGGAUUGCCAAAAAUCAAGGAAGGACCGAGGUUUCAUUUACUUUGAAUGAGGAUCUUGCAAAUAUUCACGAUAUUGGUGGAAAACCGGCUUCAGUCAGUGCCCCUAGAGAACAUCCAUUUGUCUUACAAAGUGUCGGAGGACAGACAUUAACCGUGUUCACGGAGAGCUCCUCAGAUAAGCUUUCACUGGAAGGAAUAGUGGUACAAAGAGCUGAAUGCCGACCUGCUGCCAAUGAAAACUACAUGAGGUUAAAGAGAUUGCAAAUAGAAGAAUCUUCCAAACCUGUAAGGCUAUCACAGCAGCUGGACAAAGUCGUGACAACCAAUUACAAACCUGUUGCUAAUCAUCAAUACAAUAUUGAAUAUGAAAGGAAAAAGAAAGAAGAUGGAAAACGAGCCCGAGCUGAUAAACAACACGUUUUGGACAUGCUGUUUUCAGCUUUUGAGAAGCAUCAGUAUUAUAACCUGAAGGACUUGGUGGACAUCACAAAACAGCCUGUGUCAUACCUGAAGGACAUCUUAAAGGAAAUUGGUGUUCAAAAUGUAAAAGGGAUCCACAAAAACACAUGGGAACUGAAGCCAGAAUACAGACAUUAUCAAGUAGAAGAAAAAAGUGAUUAAGAAGAUUGGAAGCCCGCCUAACAGAACUAAAGGAUGAUGAGCUGAGCAGACAGCCCUGAUGUGUGAAUCCUUGAGCGCUAUCUAUUAUAGGGGGGAAAUGACUGGUACUUUAAUUUCUCUAGGUAAAUUUUUUAAACAAUAAUUCUUGUAAAGUUGCUUAAAUGAUUUUUGAGGAAAAAGAACACCUUUAUUUAUAUGCUUGUAUUAAACCAGAUUAUUCAUGAUGGGGUGGGGAGUUUAAAGGUUUUUCUUUUUAAAUGUUAACUUUCAAAUGUAAAAUUAGGAAAUGUUUUCUAAAUGAGGACUCCCCAUCUUUGCAUGAAGAGUUGAAGUGAUAUAGAUCCAAAGUGAUUGGCACAGCAGGAAAAAAAAGUAGGCAACUCCAGAAAUUCUGAAAAGGAACUAAAGAAAAGUUCCGUAUUCUGAAAUUGUCACAGAGCAAGGCUGUCCUUUUUUUUUUUUUUUUUUAAACAGGUGGUUGUGUUUCAUAUUUGCACAUAUUAAUGAAAGUAUAGCAUUUGGGUGUGUACUAAGGUAGCAGUUUGUUUUGUUUCUUUUUCAAGAUAGCAGUUUUCAUCAUUAGCUUACUUUACCCUAGUGACAGUGACCUGAGAACUGGAAAAAGUCGUGGUCAGUUGUUCUUUCUUUCCUCUCUUCUUCUUUUAAAAUAAUUAGAAAUUAAAUGCUUUUCCAAUUCGGGAUAUACAUCCCCCAUCGUAAGCUUCUCAAAGAUGUUUACUGCACACUCAGCAAGCCUAUAUUGACUAGUGUGUGACAAAGGCUGUUUACCACCUAAAGGAGGGUUGUAGGGGUAAGGUUGAUGUGUACAGACAAACAGGUUAAUGUCAGCUCCUGGGGAAUGAAAAUGUUUCUUUUGUCUUUCUUUUUAAUUAGUUUUAAAUAAAAACAAUACCUGUCCAUGGUAUUACAUAGCACAAAAUGUUAUAUAUUCAGUUCAGUUCAGUUCAGUCGCUCAGUCAUGUCCGAUUCUUUGUGACCCCGUGAAUCGCAGCACACCAGGCCUCCCUGUCCAUCACCAGUUCCCUGAGUUCACUCAGACUCACGUCCAUCGAGUCCGUGAUGCCAUCCAGCCAUCUCAUCCUCUGUCGUCCCCUUCUCCUCCUGCCCCCAAUCCCUCCCAGCAUCAGAGUCUUUUCCAGUGAGUCAACUCUUCGCAUGAGGUGGCCAAAGUACUGGAGUUUCAGCUUCAGCAUCAUUCCCUCCAAAGAAAUCCAGGGCUGAUCUCCUGUAGAAUGGACUGGUUGGAUCUCCUUGCAGUCCAAGGGACUCUCAAGAGUCUUCUCCAACACCACAGUUCAAACGCAUCAAUUCUUCGGCACUCAGCCUUCUUCACAGUCCAACUCUCACAUCCAUACAUGACCACUGGA